AUAUUACCUGCUUUGUGUGGAUGGAUAUAAAAGGCAAUGUGUGUUCAGUGGAGGACGUCAACCAGCAAACAGCAACAGGUGGAAUCAGAGAGCAUCCCAGCUUCAACCACCGCAGUCUGGACAAAUCUACAGCGGACAAAACCUUAAAGAACAUCCCAAAAUGAUGAUGAAGAUCUGUGUCAUCCUCCUUCUGUGUGUUGCUGUAGGAAUAACAACCACAGCUGCACAAACCACAGUUGCAGCACCAACAACCGCAGUUGCUCCAACCACAACCCCAGUUGCUCCAACAACAACCACAGUUGCUCCAACAACAACCACAGUUGCAGCACCAACAACCACAGUGGCUCCAACCACAACCACAGUUGCUCCAACAACAACCACAGUUGCUCCAACAACAACCACAGUUGCUCCAACCACAACCACAGUGGCUCCAACAACAACCACAGUUGCUCCAACAACAACCACAGUUGCUACAACCACAACCACAGUUGCUCCAACGACAACCACAGUUGCUCCAACGACAACCACAGUUGCUCCAACGACAACCACAGUUGCAGCACCAACAACCACAGUUGCAGCACCAACAACCACAGUGGCUCCAACCACAACCACAGUUGCUCCAACAACAACCACAGUUGCUCCAACCACAACCACAGUUGCUCCAACCACAACCACAGUUGCUCCAACAACAACCACAGUUGCUCCAACGACAACCACAGUUGCUCCAACGACAACCACAGUUGCUCCAACAACAACCACAGUUGCAGCACCAACAACCACAGUGGCUCCAACCACAACCACAGUUGCUCCAACAACAACCACAGUUGCUCCAACUACAACCACAGUUGCUCCAACCACAACCACAGUUGCAGCACCAACAACCACAGUUGCUCCAACAACAACCACAGUUGCUCCAACAACAACCACAGUUGCUACUACCACAACCACAGUUGCUCCAACAACAACCACAGUUGCUCCAACAACAACCACAGUAGCUCCAACCACAACCACAGUUGCUCCAACCACAACCACAGUCACCAACAACCACAGUGGCUCCAACAACAACCACAGUUGCUCCAACAACAACCACAGUUGCUCCAACGACAACCACAGUUGCUCCAACAAUAACCACAGUUGCAGCACCAACAACCACAGUUGCAGCACCAACAAGCACAGUUGCAGCAACAACCACCACAGUUGCUCCAACGACAACCACAGUUGCAGCAACGACAACCACAGUUGCUCCAACAACAACCACAGUUGCUCCAACUACAACAGUUGCUCCAACGACAACCACAGUUGCAGCAACAACAACCACAGUUGCUCCAACGACAACCACAGUUGCAGCAACGACAACCACUGUUGCAGCAACAACAACCACAGUUGCUCCAACAACAACCACAGUUGCUCCAACAACAACCACAGUUGCUCCAACUACAACACUUGCUCCAACCACAACCACAGUGGCUUCAACCACAACCACAGUUGCUCCAACGACAACCACAGUUGCUGCUACAACAACCACAGCUGCUCCAACAACAACCACAGUUGCUACAACCACAGUUGCUCCAACUACAACCACAGUUGCAGCAACAACAACCACAGUUGCUCCAACGACAACCACAGUUGCAGCAACAACAACCACAGUUGCUCCAACGACAACCACAGUUGCUUUAACCACAACAACAGUUGCUCCAAUGACAACCACAGUUGCUCUACCUACAACAACAGUUGCUCCAACAACAACCACAGUUGCAGCAACAACAAGCACAGUUGCAGCAACCACAACCACAGUUGCUCCAACCACAACCACAGUUGCAGCAACAACAACCACAGUUGCUCCAACUACAACAGUUGCUCCAACCACAACCACAGUGGCUUCAACCACAACCACAGUUGCUCCAACGACAACCACAGUUGCUCUACCUACAACAACAGUUGCUCCAACCACAACCACAGUUGCAGCAACAACCACAGUUGCUCCAACGACAACCACAGUUGCAGCAACAACAACCACAGUUGCUCCAACAACAACCACAUUUGCUCCAACUACAACAGUUGCUCCAACGACAACCACAGUUGCUUCAACCACAACAACAGUUGCUCCAACGACAACCACAGUUUCAGCAACAACAACCACAGUUGCUCCAACCACAACCACAGUUGCAGCAACCACAACCACAAAUGCAGCAACAACAACCACAUUGCAGCAACGACAACCACAGUUACUCCAACCACAACCACACUCCGGCUCGGAGGCCUCUAA